AUGGCUUCCUCGCUGCCCCGAUUGCCGAUUUUCGAGGCUAUCAAAGGUCAUGAUUCGAAUUCGACUUGUAUUGUGCAUUCGAAGAGCGGGAGACGCUUUACGUAUGGGGGCUUGUUGGGGGAUGUGAGGGAUGCGAGGGAUAGGUUGGUGAAGGAGGGAGGGGGUGGGAUUGAGGGGCAGAGGAUAGCGUUUUUGAUUGAGAAUGGCUAUGAUUAUGUGGUGACGCUGCUUUCGAUUAUUGGAGCACAUUCGAUUGCGAUCCCGAUGAGUCCUGCGUUUCCGCCGCAUGAGCUGCAGUAUAUUAUGGAUCAUAGCCAGGCGAGCAUGUUGCUUGCUUCGAAGAAGUUUGGAGAGAAGGCGCAGCAGGUUAUUGAUGAGGGGUUGGAGGGGACGCCGAAGUUGGUGAAGGUGGAGAAGAGAUUGGAAGGGAAUAAAGAUGGAGAGCGUGUGGAGUUGGAGGGAACUGGUGAGGGAAUGGGGGGGAUGAUGCUGUAUACUUCGGGGACUACAAAUAGACCGAAAGGAGUAUUAUUGCCAACCUCUGUUAUGACGGCUCAGGCAACGCCUCUUAUCAAGGCUUGGAACUAUACCCCACAGGAUCAUCUUCUACAUGUCCUUCCUUUGCAUCAUAUUCAUGGCACAAUCAAUGCCAUUCUCGCCCCAUUAAUCGCUGGCUCGACGAUAGAAUUCAUCUUUCCAUUCAAUGCGACUGCGGUUUGGUCGCGCUUUGCUGCUCCGUUUCUAGAAACGAAUGGCGCUUCUACUAAUGGCCAUACUAAUGGACUCUCCAAUGGCCACACCCACUCGUCACCAAAAGAAAAGAUCUCUUUUUUCACGGUUGUACCAACAGUAUAUAAUCGAUUGUUAUCAACAUUUUCAGACCUCACACCAGAAUUACAAGAUGCGGCGAAGAGUGGCAUUUCCCCAUCGAAUCUCCGUUUGAAUAUCUCCGGCUCCGCUGCUCUUCCUACACCUACCAAAAAGGCUUGGACAGAUCUUUCAAAUGGAAAUGUCAUACUAGAACGCUACGGAAUGACCGAGGUCGGAAUGGCUCUUUCCUGCGGCCUGUCCAACUCUGAUCGUGUUGAUGGAAGUGUAGGCUGGCCACUACCAACCGUCGAAGUCCGCCUGGUGGACAUAGAAACAGGUGAAAUCAUCCAACACGGCGAAGAGACCGAUUCUAGCGGUCGAGAACGCGAUGGCGAAAUCCAGCUUCGCGGUCCUACAAUCUUCAAGGAAUACUGGCGGAAUCCUGAAGCUACUGCCAAAGAGCACGUCGGAGGAGAAGACGGUAAGGGUCGCUGGUUUAAGACAGGCGAUGUGGCUGUUCGUCGUGCCGUUCCUACCGCUGGACAGAAUAAAUAUCAAGCCGAUUGGGCCUCCGGACCGCUGUAUUUCAUCCGUGGCCGUCUGUCUUCUGAUAUCAUCAAAUCUGGAGGUGAAAAGGUUUCUGCGUUAGAGGUGGAGAGGGAAUUACUUUCAUUGCCGCAGAUCGAGGAGGCGGCUGUAGUUGCUGUACCUAGUGGGAAAUGGGGGCAGAAGGUUGGGGCGGUGGUAAUGCUCAAGAAGGGUAUGGAGAUGAGUCCGAGAGGAAAUGGGAGGGUUUGGGGGCCGUUGGAUAUGAGGAAUGCGAUGAAGUCGCGGUUGGCGGGGUAUAAGAUUCCGCAGGUUAUGAGGGUUGUGGAGGAGAUUGAGAGGAAUGCUAUGGGAAAGAUUAAUAAGAAAGUCUUGGUUAAAAAGGUAUUUGUCGAUGAUGUAAGUGGGGAUGAGGUGUAA